UUGCACUGCUGAUCCCGGUGCUCCGUCUCCCCAUCCUGCACUCCGGCUCUCCGCUUCCACGGGAGCCUCAACUCGCACCUCUCCAACAAAGAGAGUAGUGUUUGUUGAGACUUCCCCGCGGCCAAUCAAUGCGUCGUUACCCCUGGUAACCACGUCCAUCAUCCUCUGACGUCCAAUGAGCUGCGGGGGCGUGGCGGAGUCCAGGUGCGCCUCGGCGUCCACUUGGCAGAGUGCCUGAGAGCCGCCUGUGGGCAGGAGAGGAUCUGUCAAAUGCGAGGUUCCUUUAAUAACAGCGACCAGUCCGGCUCCGAGAGUCAUGGCGACCGCAGCGUCUAACCACUACAACAUCCUCACCUCCAGCGCAUCCAUCGUGCAUUCGGAGCCCGGCAGCAUGCAGCAAGCCACGGCGUACCGGGACGCGCAGAGCCUGUUGCAGAGCGACUACCCGCUGCAGAGCAACAACCACACGCUCAGCCACGCGCACCAGUGGAUCACGGCGCUGUCCCACGGAGAGGGAGUCCCGUGGUCCUCCAGCCCGCUCGGCGCGGAGCAGGACAUCAAACCUGCGGUGCAGGGCGCCCGGGACGACAUGCACAACUCCAGCAACAACCUGCAGCACCAGCCGCGGCCGCCCCACCUGGUGCACCAGACGCACGGCAACCACCACGACGGCCGGGCGUGGAGAACCACCACCGCAGCUCACCUUCCGAGCAUGGGCACGACGAACGGCCAAAGCCUUAUUUACUCCCAGCCGGGCUUCGGCGUAAACGGGCUGAUCCCGGGCAGCGGGCAGGGGAUGCACCACCACAACCUCAGAGACAGUCAUGACGACCACCACAGCCCGCACCUCAGCGAACACGGCCACCCUGCGUCCCAGCAUCAGCACCAGCACCGACCGCAGAGCCACCACGACCACUCGGACGAGGAUACGCCGACCUCGGACGACCUGGAGCAGUUUGCCAAGCAGUUCAAGCAGCGGAGGAUCAAGCUGGGCUUCACGCAGGCAGACGUGGGACUCGCCCUGGGGACCCUGUACGGAAAUGUGUUUUCCCAAACCACCAUAUGCAGGUUUGAGGCCCUGCAGCUCAGCUUCAAAAACAUGUGUAAGCUGAAACCUCUGUUGAACAAGUGGUUGGAGGAGGCGGACUCCACCUCGGGGAGCCCGACCAGCCUGGACAAAAUAGCGGCGCAGGGGAGGAAAAGGAAAAAACGGACUUCGAUCGAGGUCAGCGUAAAGGGAGCUUUGGAGAGCCAUUUUUUAAAGUGCCCUAAACCGGCGGCGUCGGAAAUAAUCGGUCUUGCGGACAGUUUGCACUUGGAGAAAGAAGUGGUGAGGGUUUGGUUUUGUAACAGGAGACAGAAGGAGAAGCGCAUGACCCCUCCCGGAGGAGCGCUGCCGGGGAGCGAGGAUGUGUACGGGGACACGCCGCCGCACCACGGGGUCCAGACCCCGGUCCAAUGAACUCCGCUGGACCGCUCCUCCAGGACAUGCGUAUCCCUUUUAUUUAUCCCCAAGGUUAUAUAUAAAUCACUGAACUAUCAAGCGCUAUAGUGGGUGUUUUAUGUAUAAUAGAUUGCAGUGAGUACUUAUACAAAAUCUGCGGUGAAUAUCGGAGAAAUGGAAAAAUAAGUGAGGGGGGGGUAGGACAUUUUCCUCCUCUCCCAGAGCUAAAGGAACAUAAGCCUGUGUUGUGUUCUCCGAGGAUACAUGCCCAGCACUGUGACUCCAGUCGACGCAGUUUUAAGGUGUAGCCCCUAUUGUGUAUUGAAAUUAUACUUGACGGGAAAAAAAAGAGGGAGGGGAGGAGGGAUACCUGUUUUAGACUAAAAGCAUAGCUGAAUGGUUUCCAUUCGCCACUUUUAUAUCAAAUCACAAGACACAUUUUCCCUGUGCGUAAAAGGGAAAGAAAAUACAAAGGCGUUUAGUUUUUUAGCUCUAAAUUGUGCGUCCAGCAGAGAUGGUUGGGAGGGGGGGGGGGGGGGGCGGGGGGGUGUCAAAGGAGCUACGUUAAUGGAGUAAACUGGAGGGCCAGUAAAGGCUGCAGCCCCCCAGUCCAGUGGAGUCCAGCUGUGGAUGAGCAUCGCCUGGGUCUCCUCCGUCCGCCAGGCAGCACAGAGCCGCUUUGCAUUCAGACCCCGAAGCGGCUGGCCCUUCAGCUCUUAUUUAUGCUUUGAGGACAGAGUUCAGGAUUCAGUUAUUACUAUUAUAUUAUCAUUUUGUAUUUUUUGUCAUCAUUUGUGCAGCAAAUAAUUGGACCAGGGUGCAGUGAUUUGGUUAAAUAAACGGUAUGACCUCCAGCAUAAGUCACAGAGCAGUAUUAAACAAAAAGUCCAUUAUAGUUUUACACUAAACAAGCGUAAAAUGAUACUUCUCCCCCCCCCCCAUGGCGAUUGAUUGAUUUGGAUUAUCUGGCACUUUUCCACAAUAGGAUGGGCUAUAGAUAUAGAGAUAUCUACAAACAUAUAUGCCACCGCCUCUCACGUUACAUUUGGAUCCACUUUUGUAAAUAUUGUAUAACUUUAAAAGUCAUGGCUUCAUCCCUGUUUCUUUUUUCACUGGGGCACUUUUGGGAUUGAUGUUUUCAAAAACAAUUCGAGUUUAUAGAAUCCAGUCUAGCCUUCCUCCUGCCUUGUAUUUGUGUGCUAUUUAACGUUCAUUCUGUCUCCCCGAAAUUAUGCUCGUUUUUUUUUUCAUGGUUCAUGUGAUUGUUAUUAUAAUAUUAUUUUCUAUGAAAUUUCAUGUGAAAUCAAUUUCGUUUCUUUAAAUUGUCGGAGGAGCUCUGUUUUGCCAUUUAGGGUCCGCUUGGAGAUACCAAUCAAAGAAUACUGCUUUGAGGACUGAGUUCAGAUUAAUCGAUAACACCGUUGUAGAGAAUUGUCCAUAAUGAAUCAGGAUAAAAACACAGAUAAGCAUCUUGAUUAGUGCGUUUGAAAAGAAAGAUAACAAUGCCUUUAUAGAUUUCCUCCCAGAAUACAUUUUAGGGACAUUCCAAAAACUGCAGCGUAUGAUCAAAACAUUAUUAUUAUUGUUAUUAUUAUUACUAUUAUUAACAGGGUGUUAUUUUAAUUUGUUUGUGAGGUCGUUGCCACGCAUUUCACUUCAGCCAUUUUGUUUAUCUUUGUCCAUGUUGCUUUAUUACAAGAGGGAACUUGCUUUUAGACGUUUGAUUUUAUUUUUCAGCACUGUUAGUGAGAUUGUAAUUUAUUAUACAAUGGCUUUUUAUAGCUGACACAAAAAUCCGAGAUAUAUAUGAAAUGUCACCGAGCAGGGUUUUUUUUUGGUUGUUUCGGAGGGAAGAAGAGACAUGUUUUGUAUUUCCUUUGAGCGGGAUUGUCGCAGCCUAAAAACACAACUAAAUGUAUAUACAUCUGUUCUCCGUAGCUUGCUUGGUGUCUCGUUUUAUGCAAAAACAGACAUCCGGGGACAUGUCUUUUUUUUCUCCAUCUCAUGUGAAAAAAUACUUUUCUAUCCCCCGAACCCCCCCAACCCCCCCGGAUUUAUUUGUCUCCCGCAGAAAACCACAAACAGACACGUUUGUGGCGUUGAAAUAUCUCCUCAGUAGCUUUAAUUAAUCGAUUCAUCUCAUAAUUCAAUGGAGUUGUGGGACGUAGACCUGUAGCAACCCGACGCUGUUUUUUUGUUGUUUUAUUUAAUUGCUUGUUAAACCAGUCGUUGUUGUUGUUGUUUUUUGGGGG